AUGAGGAUUGAGCGGAUGCAAAGACAGCUUGGAGGCGCAUACCAAUCCAUCCUUGGAAUCCGAAUAUCUCGUAUUACUCGCCUCCCACCGAUCGGCGUAUCAAAACGACCAGUCCACGCCAUGGCACUAACACGAUUCGCAUACGUCAAGAACUUUGAAAAGAACGACGCCUUACUACCAAACACCCAUAUAAUAGUCCGUAUAGACGGCCACUCCUUCCAUCGCUUCACAACAGAACACGGCUUUGCCAAACCAAACGACAUUCGAGCAAUCAAUCUAGCAAACCACGCUGCUACUCAUGUCAUGAAGGAGUUCUCGGAUAUAGUGCUUGCAUAUGGCCAAUCAGAUGAAUACUCGUUUGCCCUGUCGAAAAAGACGAGUCUGUAUGGUCGUAGGGAGUCAAAGAUUGCAUCAGUGAUUGUGAGCUUGUUUACAUCUGCGUAUGUUAUGGGGUGGAAGCAGUUUAUGGGUGAUGACGUGGAACUGAGGUAUCCUCCAUCGUUUGAUUCGAGGAUUGUCUUGUAUCCUUCGGAUGGGAAUCUCAGGGAUUACUUUAGUUGGAGGCAGGCUGAUUGCCAUAUCAACAAUCUGUAUAAUACGGCUUUCUGGGCUCUAGUUCAGGACAAAACAAACUCUCAUACGGAGCGUGAAGCUCAAGCCAUACUCAAAGACACAGACUCAGCUGGCAAAAACGAGCUCCUAUUCACAAACUACGGAAUCAAUUACAACUCAUUGCCAGAAAUAUAUCGGAAAGGAUCUGUAUUAGUAAAGAAGACACAGUCUAUAAGUGAGACAUCAAAGACAUCCCAAAAGGAGGUGGUCAGGGAACGAUCUGUGGUAGUCUUGGAACAUGGUGAUAUAAUUGGGGAUGCAUUCUGGAAGGAGAAUCCUACAAUACUAGGUUAG